AUGGAGAUAAGAAAGAAACCUAUAAUAUUUCAUUUUCCUCCAAAGCCUUCCAUGGCUCUCUUCCUGGCAAUCUUCCUCUUCCUCUCAGGUCCUGCAGCGUAUGCUGCGGGACCUGCUACCGGUUUUAAACCGGCAGAUGAUAUCCUCAUUGAUUGUGGAAGCAAGUCUUCAUCCAAAACCCCUGAUGGAAAAGUCUUUAAAAGUGAACAAGACACUAUCCAAUACAUAGAAGCCAAAGAUGAUAUUCAAGUCUCAGCCCCACCUUCAGACAAAAUCGCUUCUCCUAUCUACCUAACUGCAAGAAUCUUCCGUGAAGAAGCCACCUACAAGUUCCAUCUAACCAGACCCGGUUGGCACUGGGUCCGCCUCCAUUUCUUAGCCUUCCCCAACGACAAGUUCGAUCUCCAGCAAGCAACCUUCUCCGUCCUAACGGAGAAGUAUGUCCUGCUUCAUAACUUCAAGAUUACCAACAACAACAAUGAUAGCCAAGCUGCUCUCCAGAAGGAGUAUCUCGUCAACGUAACGGAUGCACAAUUCUCCCUAAGAUUCAGACCCAUGAAAACCUCUGCGGCCUUCAUCAACGCUAUAGAAAUCGUCUCGGCGCCUGACGAACUGAUAUCCGAUUCCGGCACAGCUCUUUUCCCGGUUAACGGCUUCUCCGGUCUCUCCGACUACGCUUACCAGUCUGUUUACAGAGUAAACGUCGGCGGUCCAUUGAUCAUGCCUGCGAAUGACACACUAGGAAGAACGUGGAUACCUGAUAAGGAGUUCUUGAAAGAUGCGAACAUGGCUAAGGACGUUAAGACGACUUCCACAAUCAAGUACCCUCCUGGAGUCACACCGUUGAUCGCUCCGCAGACGGUUUAUGCAACCGCUGCGGAAAUGGCUGACUCUCACACAAUUUCUCCUAACUUCAACGUUAGCUGGAACUUCCCUUCGAACCCGGAGUUUAAUUACCUUAUCAGGCUUCAUUUUUGUGACAUCGUUAGCAAGUCUUUAAAUGAUCUCUACUUCAAUGUCUACAUCAACGGGAAAACCGCCAUCUCUGGAUUAGAUUUAUCCACAGUCGCAGGAGGAGACCUCGCAGCUCCUUACUACAAAGACAUUGUUGUGAACUCUACACUUAUGUCUCCUGAACUACAAGUCCAGAUUAGCCCCAUGGGAGAAGAUACAGGUACUGCAAACGCGAUUCUGAACGGAGUUGAGGUUUUGAAGAUGAGCAAUGCAGUAAACAGCCUCGACGGAGAGUUUGGAGUUGACGGUAGAACCAUGGGGAUGGGGAAACACGGUAUGGUCGCGACCGCGGGAUUUGUAAUGAUGUUUGGAGCUUUCGUUGGCCUCGGAGCGAUGGUUUACAAGUGGAAGAAACGGCCGCAAGAUUGGCAGAAGAGAAACAGUUUCUCUUCUUGGUUGCUUCCUAUACACGCUGGUGACAGUACUUUCAUGACAAGCAAAGGCGGUUCUCAAAAAUCUAACUUCUACAAUUCAACCAUGGGGUUAGGCCGUAAUUUCUCCCUCUCCGAACUUCAAGACGCUACGAAUAACUUCGAAGCGUCUCAGAUUAUCGGAGUUGGAGGGUUCGGCAAUGUUUAUAUUGCAACUUUAGAUGAUGGGACUAAAGUUGCUGUCAAGAGAGGGAAUCCACAGUCUGAACAAGGGAUCACUGAGUUUGAGACAGAGAUUCAGAUGCUUUCUAAGCUUAGACAUAGACAUUUGGUGUCUUUGAUUGGUUACUGCGAUGAAAACUCGGAGAUGAUUUUAGUUUAUGAGUUUAUGUCUAACGGUCCGUUUAGAGAUCAUUUGUACGGGAAGAAUCUAGCUCCUUUGACGUGGAAGCAGCGUCUUGAGAUAUGUAUUGGGUCAGCUCGUGGGCUUCAUUAUUUGCAUACUGGAACGGCCCAAGGGAUUAUUCACCGUGAUGUUAAAUCAACAAACAUUCUUCUCGAUGAUGCUUUAGUUGCUAAGGUAGCUGACUUUGGUCUUUCUAAAGAUGUAGAGUUUGGACAAAACCAUGUCAGCACGGCGGUUAAAGGAAGUUUCGGGUAUUUGGAUCCUGAGUACUUUAGGAGACAGCAGCUCACGGAUAAGUCUGAUGUUUAUUCGUUUGGUGUGGUUCUUCUAGAAGCUUUAUGCGCGAGACCGGCUAUUAAUCCUCAGCUACCGAGAGACCAGGUUAACUUGGCUGAAUGGGCUAUGAUGUGGAAACGUAAAGGGAUGCUAGAGAAGAUCAUUGAUCCUAAUUUGGCGGGAACGAUAAACCCUGAGUCGAUGAAGAAGUUUGUGGAAGCUGCGGAGAAGUGUUUGGAGGAUUAUGGUGUUGAUAGGCCAUCGAUGGGAGAUGUUUUGUGGAAUUUGGAGUAUGCACUUCAGCUUCAAGAGGCGUUUACUCAGGGGAAAGCUGAGGGGAGUGAGGACGGUGAUGAGCCAGGUGGCUCGGUGGUUGUGCCAGCAGAUACAACUCCAAUGGCUCCUGCUGUUGCUACCAAUGUGGCGGCUAGUGUUCAAGUUGGUGGUUCUAAGGUGGAAGAGAAGGAUGGUGUUGCUGAGGCUCAGGGUGUGGAAGAACAUUCUGGUACUACCAUGUUUACUCAGUUUGCUAGCCUUAACGGAAGAUAA